AUGGUAUCCAUCAAGAUUCUUUUCUAUUUUCUGUUGGUCUUUCUAUCAUACUCUUCACCCCAAGUUGCUAGUUUUUCCAAAAUCAUAGUUGCCGUUGGUGAUCAAGGCCACGUUCCUCUAGAGAUCGGAAAGUUGAACAAGUUGGAGUAUCUAAGCAUUGCGGAGAAUAACCUUUUCGGUCCCAUUCCUCAAGACAUUGGAAUGUUGACAAACCUUAAGCUUAUUGAUUUGUCAACAAACUCUCUAUCCGGUAGUAUCCCUGAAACAAUAGGUAACUUGAGUAAUUUAAAUGAACUUUACCUUUCUAAUAACUCCCUUCUAUCAGGGCCAAUUCCAUCCUCUUUGUGGAAUGUGUCUAACUUGACCUUGCUCUACCUUGAUAACAACACACUUUCUGGAUCAAUCUCUUCCACCAUUGGAAACUUGGCCAAUUUAGUGGAACUUGCACUAGAUGUAAACCACUUUUCCGGAUCGAUUCCGUCCACCAUUGGAAACUUGACAAAGCUAAUAGUGUUGUAUUUAGGAUUUAACAAUCUUUUUGGAACAAUUCCUCCCUCAGUAGGAAAUUUGAUCAAUUUGGAUGUCCUUAGUCUCCAAGUAAACCAUCUCUCAGGAACAAUUCCAGCCACAGUUGGAAAUUUGAAAAGUCUCACUACUUUGGAAUUGUCCACCAACAAACUUAAUGGCAACGUUCCACAAUCCUUGAAUGACAUUCCCUAUUGGUAUUCCUUGUUACUGGCCGAUAAUGAUUUCACAGGUCAUUUACCACCUGAAAUUUGCUCAUCUGGGUCACUGGCAUUCUUUACUGCUCAUCUCAACCAUUUCACAGGUCCAGUUCCAAGAAGCUUAAAGAAUUGCUCUAGUAUUGCUAGACUCAGGCUGGAAGGAAACCAAUUGGAAGGAGAUAUAGCACAUGAUUUUGGUGUCUAUCCAAAUUUGGAAUACAUUGAUUUGAGUGACAAUAAGUUUUACGGCCAAAUUUCACCAAAUUGGGUGACAGUUCUGGGACACUCCUACUACAACACCGACUCCACCUUAACCGGAUCAACAAUAAUCCCCUUAGCUGAAAUCACAUGUCCUAAGAACUUCACUUCAUCCAACCAGAACUCGCAUGUGGAAAGCUGA